GGUCAAUCUCCAAACAACCACAGAAUCACAACCUACAAACAGAAAAAAAAAAUGAAAAUGUAUCGCAUUCUAUUGGUAUUUUUGGCGAUUACACUCGUUUGCUCUGUUGCAGAAGCUUUUCUCGAUGGGAAGACUCAACAAACCAUCAACAGAAUCUGCAAACAGACAAUAGACACCAAAUUCUGCAAUGAGAUCCUUGCCAAGAAUCUGACUUCUUCUUCCCCAAGCAAGGAAGAUCUCUUGAACGUGACGGUGACAGAAGCCGAAAGAUUCUCAGCCAACACGUAUUUCUUCAUCAGCACACUCCUUAGAGAUGCUGGAGACGAGAGGUUCGGUCUGCAAGAAUGUGCCGAAGCUUACGCUAUUGUGAACACUGCGUUCACGGAGGCUGUAUCUUUCUUCAAUCAAGGACUAUACGGUGAGAUCCUUAAACUCACGAGUAACGUUUCCAAGGGCGUGGGUAUAUGUAAGACAGAUUUUAAUGUACCAGGCUAUAAUAUGAAUCCUAUGAUUGAGAGAAACAGAGAAACACAGGUCUUAGUGGCCAUGGAAAAGCUCAUUGGUCAAAUGGUUUCCUCCUAAUCUGAUUGUUGAAGCUUUAAUAAUGUAAACAAAUGUUUUCAGAAAUAUUAUAAUCAAAACAUUGUAUUUGACGUAGAUGCUUGUGAUAAAUGAAUUAUUAUAUAUAUACUAGGUUCAACCCAUCCUUGUUAAGC